AAGUAAGUAAUUUACAGUAAAAAGAUGCUGUUUGUGUGUGCCGAUGAAAAUCGGAGACAAGAACUUGUUCAACUGUGAAACAACUGAAGCUGACAGCGUGGAAGCGGACUGAUAAAAGCGCAUCGAGGGAAUCAAAAUGAAUAACCUCGAAAAUGGUGUUCAGUAUGUCAACAAUGUAUUGGCUUCUUCAGGCAAUACAUACCAUGGCCUGUUAAACCAGGGCGCAACAUGUUACUUGAACAGUGUGCUGCAGGUGCUGUUUAUGACCAAAGACUUCAGAGAAGCUGUUGAAAAACACACCUGUGAAAAACGUGAUUGUAUGGAUUGUCAUCUUAAAUCCUUAUUUGAUGACUUAAAAGGACAAACGGCUUACACCUAUAAAAUCACAAAAAAGCUGGGCAUCAACAGAGUGUGCGAACAGCAAGAUGCUGCAGAGUACUUUGAGAAGAUUUUAGGUCUGACCAGUUCUAAGGCAUCUCAGAUCUUCCACGGACUGUUGACACACAGGACCAAAUGUUCUGCAGGUUGCACUGAGAAAGAGGAUGAUGGAGCAUUUUGGUCUCUUCCUCUUCCACUGGUGGAUUUUUACCAUGAGAACUACAAUGUGGUGAAUGGUAUUGCGGAGUUUUUCAGAGAUUCGGAUUUCAGCGGCGAAAACCAGAUGUACUGUGACGAGUGUGAUGCAAAAUCUGAUGCUACAAUUAAAUGUGUAAUAAAGCAUCACCCAGACGUCCUGAUGCUGCUGCUGAAGAGGUUUGACUUUAACUACGAUUACAUGACUCAUGUCAAAAUCAGCUGCACUGUGGAUGUUCCCUACGUCCUACAGAUACCAGAGGGUCAGACAUAUGAGCUGUAUGCGGUCAUUGAACAUUUUGGCAGUCUUAGAGGUGGACAUUACACGGCAACAAUCAAAUCUCAGGAUGAUGACAAAUGGUAUAACUUCAAUGAUACCAUGGUCACAUUGCUUCAUUAUCAGCCAUUCCAGGUCGACAACUUUGAAAAACUCCACGACGCUUAUCUUCUCUUCUACAGAAAAAAGAAAAUGCACGCUGCCAACACUUGUCCUCAAGAAUUUGGGGAGAUGUCAACUCCUGCAGGCUUCCCACCUGCCGACAGUGAUGUCUAUGACCAGAAUCAGGAUGGUGAAAAGAAGAGAGAGCCAAAGGAGGCUGAGUGGGUAGAUGAAGUGAGUAAUGAACAUGCAGCAGCUGCUUCCAUCAACACAAAUGAAGAAACAGGAGAUAAAGACAUCAGAACUCGUUCUGGAGAAAUAGGGCUGCCAUCAGACCAUAAUGUCGAGGAUCAGGGAGUUAAUGUCAGUCAGAUCUUAUCAAAAAAUCAUCAGGAGGGUGAUGAGGAAAGAAAUGACUCAUAUUAUCAUCCUCAGGAUGCUCAGGUCGAAAAACAGAGAGGUGAUGAUGAUGAGGAGGACAUGAAAGGAAAUGCUGAGUCGGAUGAUCAGCCAGAAAAGAGAGAAACUCAGCUUGAGGGUGUCAACGAUCAGGACAAUGACACUGUAGGACAAAAUGAUAGACAAAAAAGGAGACGGCAGGAGGGACAUGACAUGUAUAAUCAGUAUAGUGAUCAGAGUCCUAAAUGGGAAGUAAGCAACAAACAUGCAAGAUAUGCUCAUCCUCAUGUUUGUGUUGACAUGCAGGAAGAUGAGGAAAGAGUGGAUGUAAACAGAGACGAGGGUGGAAAGAUGGAAGGUGACAAACAGUCAGAGAGGACAGAGGAAGCUUCAGCAAAACACCUUGACAGGGAUGCAGAGCAGCAUGUAGAUUACAGAUUUAAUGAUUUUAGACAGAACAUGCAUGGAGAUCAUGGGGAUGCACAGAAAACUGAACAUUAUUGCCUUAAAACUGUUCAUGUGGACAGAGAGGGAGAUGGGUUGAAGACGGAGCUCCAUGUGAAGGUAGACAAAGAAGGGGAAAGUGGAGCUCGUGAAAGGGGGAUCACGUCAGGGAGCCGAAAGCUCCUGACAAAAUAUGACCUCUGCAAUCCUGAGUUUCAGGUCAGGGGAAGAGUUGGUGAGGCUGAGCAGAAAGUGUCUAAAGUUGAUCAGAGGUGUGAGCAGGGGAGCACAGGCAACUAUAAAAGACACGAGCAACCUAGAGAGGAUAAGAGGGACGUUAAGGAGGACAAGGAACAAAUGAGAGAUGAUGCACAAAGGAAAGAAACAUCAGUGAGAAAUCCUAACUUGAGUGCAGAUGUAGAGGACAAGAGAGGAUUCGAUGAUGUGAAACAGAGCAGAUCACAGCAGGAAAUCAGUGUUACACAUUCAACACAUAAAGACAUAAUUAGUGCAGACAAACAAGACGAAAAGAAGCAAAGCAAAGGAGAUAAUAAACAUCCUCAAAGCAAAGCAGGCUCUUCUUUUCGACGGCAAGAACUGCCAGAAAGCAGAGGCAGGACAGAGAGCGAGGGAGACGAGAUGAGACAGGAGACAACAACAGAAAGACACACUGAUAAUACAGCGCAAGGAAGACAUGGUUUAAAGACGCCAAAAACACAUGUAAAUACAGAAAUUAAAGAAACUCGUAGUAUUGAAGGACGCGGUAAGAGAAAGAUAAAAAUAAAAAUUGUAGAGGAAACCAUACAGCAGGAGACUUUGGUAACAGGGGUUCGCAAUUUAAAUCUGAAUGAGUCCCCUUUGCAAGAGCCACAGCGACGCCAAACCAAAAGAGAGAGCGAGACACAAAUUAUUUCACUUCCAAAAAAGAAGACAAAAGUCUCUGAAACAGAAGAAGCAGCUGAAAUAAACCAUGCAGAGGACAAAAGUGGUAAACAUGAGAAGAGCCGAAAACAAUGGUGGCAGUUUAUUACCUGUCGAAAGCAACACAGAAAAGAAAAAAACAAAAAGAAAAAAACUAUCGGCUGUUUUUCUUUUAAAAGCCGGAAAAACGCAGACCAGACUUUAGAGUCAGAUUAAGACAAAAUACACACUUUGUUGCUUGUUCAGUCUAUAUAACAGAUGCCUUUUUUUUCUUAUGUUUUUGGGAAUGUAAAAUUCAUCGCUUCGUCUUUUUAAGAUUGUUUUUGUGUGAACAGCAGCAAAAGUAAACGGUAUAAUGAGAGAGAAGCUCUCAUUACAAGAUUACAAGUUUUGAUUAUUUGCGUCAGCCUGUAUAUAUAGAAAGCAACGCAGUGGAAAUUCACUUUAAAUGUUUUUCAAUGUCAAGUCGAGGAAUAACAAGAUAACAUUUAUAUUCUGCUGAUUAUUUGCAGACUGAAUGAUAAAUUUUUCAUGCAGCUAAAGAAAUGUAUUCAUCUUAAACAUUUUGUUUGAAUUUUUUUUUGUGUGAAAUUGUUAAGAGAUAUAAAAAGAUGG